GUGGCGAGAAAGCUAAGAACAAAACAAGGAGAAAUAACCAGACUGUGAGACUGACAUGAAUUAACGAACUCUUUUUCACUUCUGGGAAAGAAAAAGAAAAUCAACCACCAUAGCUCGUCACUCAUGCCUGCCACUCUUUUCCUCCAAUUUUACGCUUACAAUCCCAUUACUUCCUCCUUCAACCCACAAAGCAACAAAAAUUAUUUCAAAAAUUCCCAAAAUUCUUCAUUUUCCAUAGACAAAAAUACAGAAUUGACUGUCUCAUCAGACUCCAAUUCCCAAUCCAAUGAUGUCAUUAAAGUUCCAACAGCUCCAUGGAUGAAGGGUCCUCUUCUUCUCAAAUCCCAUGAAAUCCUUAACCUCUCAACACCCAGAAAGAAGAACUCCUCAAAGAAUGCAAAUAUUGAAAAGUCUGACAAGGCAUUGACUGCUAAAGAAAGUGGGGUAAGAGGGAACAAAGCAAUGGCUAAGAUUGUUAAGAGCAUUGACAAACUGCAACAGAAUCAAGAUUCAGUUAACGCACAAGUUAAUUUUGAUGGGUUUGAGAUUGGAGACGGUUUGGUUCAGAUUGGAGGAGAUGAGAAGGCGAGGGUUGAUAAGAAGUUUCUGCCUUGGGUAAGGGAAGAUAGGGUUUUGUAUUGGAGAAUGAAGAAGGAGAAAGUGGUUACUAAGGCUGAGUUGAGUCUUGAUAAGGAAUUGCUCGAGAGAUUGAGAUGUGAAGCUGCAAGGAUGAGGAAUUGGGUGAAAGUGAAGAAAGCAGGAGUGACAGAAAGGGUGGUUAAUGAGAUAAGAAAUUCUUGGAAGAGAAAUGAGCUUGCCAUGGUUAAAUUUGACCUCCCUUUGUGUCGAAACAUGGAUAGAGCAAGGGAAAUUAUUGAGAUGAAGACUGGCGGCUUGGUUGUUUGGAGUAAGAAAGAUUUCCUUGCUAUCUACAGAGGACAUAAUCAUCAUUUGACUAAAACUUCCUACAUAAGUUGCAUGGAUUCAAAGAUCUGCAGCAAGGGUGAAGAAGAGGAUUCUAUAUCAACCAGCAUCUUUAUGGAAGAAGAUGCUAAUUUGUCACCAAUAAAUGGUUCUUUGUUUGAGAGGGAAACUGAUAGAUUAUUGGAUGGCUUGGGACCCCGUUUUGUUGACUGGUGGAUGCGAAAGCCAUUGCCAGUAGAUGCAGAUUUGCUUCCAGCAGUGGUUCCUGGGUUUAAGCCUCCAUCAAGGCUUUGUCCUUCCUAUGGUAGAGCAAAGCUGAAAGAUGAUGAACUGACGUACUUGAGGAAGCUUGCUCAUGCUCUACCUACUCAUUUUGUCCUUGGGAGGAACAGAGGACUUCAAGGGUUGGCUGCUGCUAUCUUAAAACUGUGGGAAAAGAGUCUCAUAGCAAAGAUUGCUGUGAAGUGGGGCAUUCAAAAUGCUAACAAUGAGCAAAUGGCAAAUGAACUAAAGAUUCUCACUGGAGGAGUUCUGUUACUUCGCAAUAAGUUCUUUAUAAUACUUUAUAGAGGUAAAGACUUCCUUCCUUGCCAAGUUGCAAAUCUGAUAGCAGACAGAGAAAUUGAGCUUAAAAGGUGCCACCUGAAUGAAGAAGGUGCACGAUUGAAAGCGAUUGAAAGUUUUUACUCAGCUGAUGAACUAUCGGUAAACACAAGCAAAAUUGGAACCUUGAAUGAAUUCCAGGAUAUACAAGCCAAAUUUGGGGAGCUUGCAAAAGAAUACAUGGAAUCUAAAAUCAAAUUAGAAGCUAAAAAGGAAAAAUUAGAGAAGGAACUGAGAAAUCAAGAGCACAAGCUUUAUAUUCUUCAAAGAAAGAUAGAGAAGUCAGCUAGGGAGUUAUCGAAGUUGAGAUCUGCUUCGGCAGCGGCUGAUCAAGAUGUUGACCUGGAAAUGAUGACGGAAGAAGAAAGAGAAUGCUUUCGAAAGAUAGGACUGAAGAUGCAUAGUAGCUUAGUGCUUGGUAGGCGUGGGGUCUUUGAUGGUGUUAUGGAAGGUCUGCAUCAGCAUUGGAAGCAUAGAGAAGUGGUCAAGGUGAUCACAAUGCAGAGAAUUUUUUCGCAGGUAAUUCGCACUGCAAAAUUUCUUGAAGCAGAAAGUGGGGGGAUAUUAGUAUCAGUGGACAAGCUUAAAGAAGGCCACGCUAUAAUAAUUUACCGUGGAAAAAAUUAUAAGCGUCCUCCAAAGCUUCUCAAUAAUCUUCCAACCAAAAUAGAGGCAUUGCGUAGAUCUCUUGAAAUGCAGAGAAUUGGAUCUUUGAAGUUUUUUGCACAUCAGAGACAAUGCGCAAUCAGAGAGUUGAAAUUCAAACUGGCAAAGCUUCAGGAAUCUGAGGGAAAGGAUAUGAAAAACUCGCAGAUCAUGAGCUAGCAUAUGUCUCAUAUCAUGUAUUGUAAUAUUGUUUCCUCUUGCAUUCUGGACUCAAUUAAGAAUAGCAAAUGUGUUGCCACAAGGAGGAGUUUCCAAUAUCUUGGUCACAAUAUCACUUUGCAACAGAAUCUUUCCUUAUCUUCUUGAAAAUUUUUUUUUUGACCAUGUUUGGCAGGUCUGCUGAGGAAACCACUCUUUUGGUAAGAUUUGGCGUGUUCUUGUGGCCAAUAGCCGUAGCUAAAACAGGAUAGGAAGCCAGGGUGGUCAAUAGUAUCUAUGCAAGUUCACAAUCAACUCAAUGGUCUAUUGCAAAGAUUUAUCUAUUAGCUACCCAGUGAUGCUGCCUAACAGCCUAAAGUGUGUCUUGAGAAGAUAUGGUACUAAUCCCAAGCUCUUCAAGUUAUGGCACUAUGUUCUUCUACUUUACUAUGUUAACAUUUAUUUAGAAAAGUUCUGAUUGUUUAUCAAAAGAAUAAAUAAAUAAAUAGAAAUUAAAAGAAAAGGCUUUGAUUUGAUAAUAUUA